AUGUCGGGGCAACAGCGAGGAGGCAGGCUUCAGGAGGAGCUGGCUGCAUUUCGAGCACGGUGGCUCAGCGAGCUGACACUGCCGUCUUCCCUCACACAGCAGCAGACACAAGGAGAACAAGGACCACAACAACAACAACAGCAACAACCAGGAGUGGCAAACGAUGCAGCCGCAUCCUUACCCAGCACCAGCAGCAGGACCACAACAACAGCCACCAGACACAGCGAUGAUGCGUCUGGUGACGCUCACCCCUUACUGCAGACAAUCAGCAUCUGGGCUGGGGAGGACACCACAGCUCCCCACCAGGCGUCACACAGGCGGUUUGGCAUUGAGGAUGAAUCUGGGCGGCACACACACGCACAGCCACAAGAACCGGCACCCCUCCUGGUCAUCCCGCUCAGGCCACAGCGGCGAGAAGCCGGCAAGAGCCACACCCGUGGCAGCGACGACAGCAGCGACGGGGAUGACGAUGACGCCCUGUUUGAUGCAGCGUUGGACGCUGCCCUCGCACGAAAGCGCCCCAAGACCUCAACCCCACAGCAAGCGGUACACGCAGCCGCGCAAACUGCAGCAGGACCAACAGCAGUAACAGCAGCAACAACAGCAACAACAGCAGUGGCAGGGAGAGCAACAGGCGCAACGUCGAAGCGAGCGGACAUUUUUUCCAAGGCAUGGACCUCGCCCUUCGCAGCCGCACUCCGACAGCGUCGCAACGAAAAGCAAACAUCAGGGCAACCCCACGGUCAGGCACAGCCAGAGAGGCACGUCGAUGAGAAGCGCAAGUCGCACGAAGAAGCCACCACACCACCACACCACCCCCACGCCACCACCACCAUCACCACCACCACGACGCCACAUGGCACCACACCAACCAUAGACACGCCAACCCCACAACCACAACCACAACCACAGCUGCAGCAGCAGCAGCAGCUGCAGCAGCAGCAGCAGCAACAGCAAGUACAGCGUCGGCAGCAGGCACCACGUCCCCAGAACGAGUACGUGCGCAUGCUCAUCGAUGACAUCAACGAAGACAUCACAGAGCCGCUCUUUGACGAGCUGUUGCCCCUGGAAGUGGCAGAGCUGGUGUUUCUCUAUCUCGACCUGACCUCGCUUGGUCGGUGCGCCUGCGUCAGCCGAGCGUGGCGGGAGCUCGCCGACUCAAACCGCGUGUGGUAUGCCUAUGCGCGGAGGCACGGCAUCACGGCCGCCCGCCUGUCUUCGCAGCGCGACUGGAAGGCGUUUGUGCGCCGCCGCAUCUUGCAGGAGCGCGAGCAGCGCCGGCGGUGGAUGGAGCUGCAGGCCGGGUUCAUCUGCCUCAAGGACACGAGCACGUUCGACCAGGUCACGGCUGUGUCGUACACGUCGCGCGGGGUGGCUGUCGGAUACCAGGACGGGCGGGUGCGUUUCUUUGCACGCGAGGAUCUCAUGCGUACGCGUAUGGUCGACCCGUGUGCCCGCGCCAGCCGCAUCAACUGCAUCGUGCACACAGAGGACAUGAUGUUGUGCGGAACACAAUGCGGGAAGGUCGUUGGCUGGGACCACGGCUUUGGGCAGGUAUUCUGCCUGCAGCACCGAGAUCCCAUCAACCGCGUCACCGUCUGCCAGCACGCCUCCCACCCACGCGCGCUGGCGGCCUCCAACACCACACUCCUCGCGGCACACAAAGCAGCAGCAGCAGCAGCAGCAGCAGCAGCAACAGCAACAGCAACAUCAACAGCAGCAGCAACAGCAACAGCAACAGCAGCACAAGCAUUGCCAGCAGCAGUAGGAAGAGCAGCCACGGCAACAGGCGGUUGGAGACGUGGCCCAGUCCGUAACAUGGUAUCCCGCAACGCACGCCAGCCACAACCAUUACAACAGCAGCAACACCACCAGCAACAACAACUACAAGGCAGCAGCAGCAACACGGUUGGCAGUGGCCGUGAUGAAGGCGGUCAUGGAUGGUGCUUCUCGCAAGCGAAGCGUGAGUUUGAUGCGAAGAUCACACACGUUGACGAACUGAGCGCUGGCACCGACAUCGCUGCCGUCAUGACGACCGCCACACUCGACAUCAUCAACACGGAGCGCAUGAGUCUCGUGCACAGCAUCCACGCCGCACCCCCGCCGGGUGUCACGGGGGCAAAGUGCACAUCACUGCACUGCUCUGGUGCGCACCUUGGGUAUCUCACGUCGGACCACGGCAUGUGGACGGCGCGGCUGGUGGAUGUCUCCUCUGGCGGCAUCGUGUGCACGUACACCGAUUUCAGACACGCGCACAGAUCCCUGCAGCUUGUGUCUGCUGCAACCAACAGCACGGCCACGGCCACCACCACACCGGUCUCGCCGGCACUUGAGCUGGCGCUUGCGGGGACGGCUGGCGUGAAGUUCUACGACGUGCGCGCCGAGAAUGUGUCGCAACACAUCCGCACGCCCUCCUACCUGUGUCGCGAUGUGCGUGUUGACGACUGGCGCGUGGUUGUGUCUGGGCGGUUCACGGGCCCAACGGGGCGCCAGCCGCCGUUCAGCAUUGCACUGUACGAUCGGCGAAUGGGGAAGCAGCUCUGGUUCGUGCGUCAGCGCGUGCCUGUGCGCUUUCUUGAGAUGGAUAAGGACACGAUUGUGUUUGGUUCCAACCGGCACGUGGAUCCGUGUGCCUCCAGUGCGCCAUCCUUCAUCCCGCACCGCCCGCGCCGACCGCUGCUGCGCGACCUGGAUUCCAUGUCCUGUCUAAACGUGCUUGAUUUUGCGGCGCCGCUGUCCUCUCUCACAGAUGAGGAGUGUCCGUUCAGCAGCAAGUACGAGGACAUUCACGGCUACAGCUUCAACAUUGCCCUCGAAACUCCAUUCGACGACGUCGAGCCAUACAGACUGGGCUGA